AUGGAUCUAAUGAUACUCUAUGGCAGCGAAACGGGAAACAGUGAAGAACUGGCAAAACGGAUCGGACGACAGGCCAUCGACCGGUCGAUUAGAGUCCGAGUGAUGGCUUGCGAUGAAUACAAUGUCUCGCAAUUGAUUGACGAGAAGAUAGUUUUGUUGAUCGUCUCGACGACGGGUGUCGGAGAAGAACCCAAUAAUAUGAAGAACUUCUGGAACUUUAUUCGACGACGAGAUCUGCCGAACGACUCGUUGUGUUCGGUGUUUGUGUCGGUCAUAGGUUUCGGUGACUCUUCGUAUGAAAGAUUCAAUUUUGUGGCCAAAAAAUUGCACAAAAGAGUGUUGGCUUUGGGCGCUAAACCUUUCAUGGAUCUGGUCUUAGGUGAUGAACAGCACGAUUGCGGACCAAAUGCUGUCAUUGAUCCGUGGCUUCAAGUCUUCUGGAGUAGAGUCUGUGAAUUGCUUUCUCUUUCACCCGAUUUAUCGCAAAUCCAAGACUCGGACCAACUCUUUAGCCCCAGUUUUAAAGUGAAUUUUGUGGACAAAAAGUGGGAACAAAGUUAUAAAAAUAAUUUCCAAGAAAUGCAUCAAACGGUUCAACACUUCCACAAACAUAAUCCAUAUUUGGCUAAAGUAUUGUCUAAUGAGAGGAUUACUUCCGAAGAUCACUUCCAAGACGUACGACAUAUUAAACUAGAAGUAAAUGACACAAAAUUGAGUUAUGGUUUGGGAGACGUCUGUUGUAUUAAACCGCAAAACAGUGACCUAAAUAUCAAUAGGUUUCUAAGUCUUUUGAAUUUAAAUAAAGACAUGUAUUUCACUCUCGAGAAGAAUGAACACAAUUGGUUGAGUGAGUCCUCAUACUAUAACAAUCUUCCGAAGCCCUGUUCCGUCUUAACACUCGUCACGGAAUAUAUGGACAUUCAGUCGAUCCCAAAGCCAUCAUUCUUUGAUCUCUUUUAUCGGUUCAGUGAUAAUGAUUUGGAAAAAGAGAAACUCAAACAAUUCGCCCAAAAUAGCACAUCCGAUGACUUAUACGAGUACUGCAAUCGUCCCAAAAGGAAUAUUCUGGAAGUGCUCACCGACUUUCCCCACACAACCGCUCGCAUAACAUUUCAAUAUCUCUUUGACUUGAUUCCAGCCAUUAAUCCGAGAUAUUUCUCAAUCGCCUCUUCAAUGAAUGUCUAUCCAAAUGAAUUGCAUUUAUUGGUUGCAGUCGUUCACUAUAAGACACGACUCAAAGAUCCCAGACUUGGCCUCUGUUCCAAUUGGUUAGCAAAUCAGUUGCCGUCCAAGAACUCCAAUGUUCCCAUUUAUAUCAAGAAAGGCACCUUCAGAUUAGCGCCCGACUCAGCCCCCAUCAUAAUGAUAGGCCCGGGAACAGGUGUCGCCCCUUUUAGGGCUUUCAUUGGAGAUCGGGCUCUGAAAAAGAUUUCCAAUAACUUCUUAUUCUUCGGCUGUCGUUAUCGAAAGUCUGACUUCUAUUUUGAAGAGGAAUGGAAACGAUUUAACGAAAACGGGUUUUUGGACUUUUUUAGCGCAUUUUCCAGAGAUUCUGAUCAAAAGGUUUACGUCCAGAAUAUUCUUUGGCAACAAAAAGAUCUUGUCUUUGAAUUGAUUCAUCACAAGAAUGCUUUGGUUUAUGUCUCCGGAAAUGCCAAACAAAUGCCAAAACAAGUGAGAGAAACGAUUUGCGAUAUAUUUAAGGACAGAAUGGGUGGACAACCAGACAGUAAAGAGACGGAACUACUGGUUAAUAGACUGGAACUUAGAGGAAGAAUACAAUACGAAUGUUGGUCUUAA